UUCUAUAGACGCGAUCAAACUUCAGGAGACACAAAUACUGAUUUUACCGCUAUAUCAAUUUCAUUCAGCCAGUUGUGGAAUUAGAAAUGACAGAAACGUGUUUAAUACUUUUGUACACAAUCACAUAGAUUUUCUUUUUGAAGAGAAAUGUUUGAAGUUACUUAAGUGUUCAACAUUUAAACAUCUUACCGGUGUUCAACAACGUGGAUUUAUAAAUCUAUAUCCCUGGCAUGGAUGUAGCUAUUCACACUUACAGGGAUUUAAGUAAACAUUAUGUGGACCUACGGAUUUUAUUUUGAGCUUUAAUUGAAACAGUGGAAGGAUAUGUCCACAUUUCAAGUAUUUAUUAGACUUGUGAGAGGAUUAUAAUUGAUAAUCCAACCUAAGGUUUAGCAUUACCAGACUAAACAUUACCUGGAAUUAACCUUCUCUCGAGCUCAGCAUGACAACUGUGUUAGACCAGCACAAGUAAAAACACGGGGCAGUAUCCUAGCCCAAAAUUAACGGUAAUGUCCAACAACCUGGACUGAAGAAAUUGGCAAACACGGGGCAGUAUUCUAGCCUUAAUUUAACAGUAAUGGCUGACACUGUGGACUGAGGGAACUGGCUAAUUGAUAUGGUACCCUAAAAGGAUAUUACAAUACCACCACCGGUAAUCUUGUUGAGGAUAUUACAUCAGGCACAAUGGCCUCGACUGCUGUGGUGAAUCAGUUCACUACACCUCAGACCAGUUCCAUGUCCAGUGCAAGACUGACCAACACUCCAAUGACCAUUGCACUACCAACCUCUCGCUUGACAAAUCGUACUGGAAGCAUGCUAGAGAUUUUGAACGUAGACGAUGACAUCACACACACUGUUGCCAACCUCCUGGACAUGAACAGGGAAGAGUUUGAGGAUUACGAUGAACUGUCAGAUAUUAUCGGCAAGACCGUUCAGGCUGAACGUAAUCUUUGGAAACAACGCCUAAAUGCAGCUAUGCAGGAGAUUGAUCGUCAACAUAAAAUUAUUCUCACCCAUGACGCCAUGGUGCAAGAACUGCUAGAAUUGCUAUAUAUUGAACCUCCAAGGAGUUCUAAACCGGAGCAGAUUCUUGAAGACGAAAUAUUAGAGGAAACACCAUCGACAGAGAAAUUGAUGCAAGACCUAAUGUCGAAGAUAAAACACUUAAAACAGUUGGCAGGUGUUACUGAGGAUAUACUGCCAAAAAAUCCUAAGGAGAAGAUGGCAAAGUACUCAGAACUUGAUUUCAAAUAUUUGAAAAAUGCCAUUGCUAAUCUCCACUGGGAAAAAGACUCACUGCAAUCUAAAAUUGAUGAAAGGGACACAGAAAUAUCGUGGCUGAAAGGUGAACUCAAAAACACCAUUGGACAGCUGACCAAGGUGCAGGAUAUCGUAACAUCGUACAACGCUUCACACACAGGCAUCGGAUUCCAUUUAGAGAAUAUGGAAAGUGACAACUUUUCAGAGACGGGGAAAACUUCACGUCAAACUUUUAAGCAAUUGACUCCAAAAUGUACGCCAAGCACAAAGGAACGUAAGUACGUCGAGGGAGACCAGAUUGUGUCAUAUCCUGUUGGCAAAGAAGAAGUUGCUUUCUGGAAAACAAGGUUAAAGGCUAAUGUGUACUCAAACAAGGGAGGUAACUCCCGAACAGGUGUAGCCCAGUGCCUCCGCUGUAACAGACUUUUCAAGCCUUCCGAUAACAACAACAAAGCGUGCAUGUUUCACAACAAAGGGAGAGAAAUCAAAGAAAUUUACGGUGAUAACGGCAAGAUACUGAAUGUCAAGUAUAAAUGGGCGUGUUGUAAAAAGGGACUGGAAAAUAAGGGCUGUAACCAUGGUUUUCACAUAUGACUGACAACAAGAAUUAUCAGUGGGAGUUGGGCACAGUUAAUGUCUCAACAAUUUACUCAUGAUUGAAGCCAUUAUAUUCAAUGGAUGAUCUCGGUGAAGUACCGGUUCAACAGUUAUUGACCUUUUUAUCAAAUUUACUUUAUUUGAGUCAGUUAAUAAAUUUUAAAAAGAAAUAUGACUUUUUUGAGUUUUCCUUUCUAAAAUUUUAAAAUUAAACAGAGUUGGAUGAUAUGAAUGACAGAUUUUGGGGAACUUAAUUUUUUCUGCAGUCAUUUGUCAUCAUGUCAUUGACAUAACUGUUUUAUGAAUGUUUUAUAAAUUAAUUGCAUUAAAAUAUUUC